AUCGACAACGCCAACAACAACAAUAGCCACAGCAGCAAAAUAAUAAUCACAACAACCAAUAAUAAUAACAACAACACAAGCAACAACCACAACAACAACACGGAUCAAUACCAAAGAUGGAGGCAAAAUUCCUUGGCUGCCGCUCUUUCAUUCCUCUCGAUAUUUUUAGCGAUUUAUGCUCAAUCAUUUGCCAGCGAUAUUGCGAAUGAGAGCGACGGAGAAUCAAAGGAGCUUUUGCCACACGAUAUUAGCACGCCCAUCAUUUAUUACGGCGAUGCGAGUGUGAACAUCGGGCAACCGUUUGAGAUCCUUUGCAUAAUACCCAUUAGCGAGAAGAUCCAUUGGCUGCGCAAUAAUGAGUCGAUAACUCGCCACAAUUUCCGACAUGGCCAUGACGAUCAUUCGUAUCAGUUAUCGGAAUCAGCCAUCGAAGGGGAGUCGCACAAGAUCGAGGCGCAGCUGAAGGUGCGACAUGCGUUGAAGGUGCACGAGGGACGCUAUCAGUGCAACAACAAUCACCGUCAUGGCAAUGGCUUCCAUAUGCUGCGCGUGAACAGCAAAGAGUCGCUAGGUUCGACGGAAAGUGGCGGUGGCGGUGGCUAUCAAACGAUUGAUGAGAUGACGCCCAGUUCACCCAACGAUGUCUUCACCAAGACGUGGAAGGAGCAACAAAUGCCGCACAAUCCGCACAACAAUCGGCAACCAGCACAACAACAACAGCAACAUUAUUCCUAUGGUGGGGUUGGAAAUGCGUCGUAUAACGAAUUCACCACACAGUGGUACAACACUCCAGCUAGUGGUGGCCAAGACGAAAGAGCGAUUCAUCGCAUAUAUUCGGCAACACCGCCCGAUAUUCCACGAGCCCGUUUCGAAAUGGAGGAACAUACGGUGGCGGCGCGACCAGAGACACCCACCAUACUGUACAAUCAAACACUGCUCAACACUGCCACAGAUGAUGCUGCUGCAGCGUCGUCGUCAUCACCGUCAUCAUCAUCAUCGGCCAGCGCGACAAUAACAACCACACCGCAUCAUCGUACGCAUCAUCAACAGCAACAGUUGCAAAAGCAGUCGCAGCACACACUAAACGCUUAUCAACUGCCAGUGCCGCCGCAGCAUUCCGUGCAUCGCAAUGAGAAAUAUCAGACGUAUUCGCCGCAAUUUGUGCCGACAACAGCUAUAGGUGGCGACACCGUUACGUCGGCGACCACAUUACUCACCACGGCCCACAACAACAACUAUGGGCAAAUGCAGCAGCAGCCCAAGAUGCUCUUGCCUAUUCAGAAGGGGCCAGAUUCGUUGGUGCCAAAAUAUGACAACGAGGAGCUGCAAAUGGUAUUUUAUAAUAUACGAUCGCAUCUUGUGCUCAGCUGUGAGGUAAAAAAUGGGAAUCAGAGUGAUCUCAUAUGGAAAAAGAACGACACUGUGGUGAAUGAGUUGCAAACUCUGAGAGGCCGCUUUAGACUUAUCAAGGAUGAAGGAAAGUUCGUGAUUGACAAGGCGGAAGUUAGCGACGAUGGUCGUUACAGUUGUGAAUUAAAUGGCGUGUCCAAGAAUAUAACGGCGAUUUCUCGCGUGCUUGUCCGAGUGCCUUCAAAUAACGGUGUUGUGGAGGGUGAGAAAUUGACCAUCCCCUGCACAGUGGUCGGUAGUGAAGCUAGAUUGUCAUGGAGCUUUGGCAAUUACACAAAUGUAACAGCGAGCACAGGUCGUUAUAUACUGAAAAAAGAUGAGAGUGCUAAUGUCGAGAAUGCAAUUCUAAUCAUUGAGAAUGUUACUCUGGACGACAGAGGCGAUUACACGUGCUCAGGCAACAAUGCGGCCCCUGAAUCUGCCUCCGAUACUGCAACUGUUCGUGUUAAGGGCAAAUUCGCUGCCUUGUGGCCUUUCCUGGGCAUCUGUGCUGAGGUGCUGAUUCUUUGUGUGAUCAUUCUCAUCUAUGAGAAGCGACGCAACAAGAGUGAACUGGAGGAGAGUGAUACUGAUCCCCAAGAACAGAAAAAGAAAAGGAGAAAUUAUGAUUAAAAUUCCUAAAGACAGCCUAAAAACGAAAAGAAAAAAAUAAAUAAAAAAUGAAAGCAUUAUAUUAUAUACAUAAUAUACACAUACAACUAGCAAAAUGAGUGUUGUCACAAAAGAUCCAAGCCCCCUUCCCUAUCUCUCUCACACACUCUAUCUCUCUCUAUCUGACCUAUACCCCAAACAAAACAACAAUAUCCUGUCUCGAGGACCUCUAUCCAAAAAACAAAGAUACCCCAAGAAUUGUCUGCGAAUAUUGUUUAGUAAAAUUGUAUUUUAUUAUAAAAGAAAAAAGAAGAAACCAAAAACCAGAUUAAUAUUAAACAAAGGAUGGAAAAUUAACAUUAACAAAUGAAAGUGAUAGCAGUUAAAUGAACACUAAAAAAAACAAAAUCGGAACACUAGUAAUUAAAUAUAUAAAAUAACAAAUAAAAUAAAAACUAAACGAUCAAUGGGAUCCACGAAGUUGGCACGACGAUGUUGAUGACGAUGAUAACACGAUGAUGGUCCAGAACCCAACACCGAAUCCGCAGUACUCUUAAUACAACAACUACAACAAUUACAACAACUAUUAAAGAUGUAUCACGCCCACUUCCCCCAGUCCCAAAAGCAGUUACUCACAUACAUACAUACAAUACAUACAUAUAUUAACACAUACAUGUGUGUGUACGUAGGUUGAAUCGCCAUCUUAAAAGAAAUGUUGUACAUAACCUAACAAGUUUAUUGUUUACAUCUAGAAAACCAACAAAGAAAAGAAAAAAGUAAAAGAGAAAAAAAACGUCGAGGGUUCCGUCUUCAAUCUCGCGUAUUUAUUUAUAUAUGGGAAUUUCAUUUGUAGCUAGUUUUCUUCGGGGUGUGUUUAAGUUCAAGUUUCUUGGGUGCGAUCAAGUGAAAAUACUUCUCAAAUCUUCAAGAAAUAAAAGUACGAACAUAACAAGAGAUAAAAGAACAACCAAAACAAAAUGAAAAUGAAGAAAAACAAAAAAACAAAACAAACAAAAAACCAAAAAAAAACUGUUGAAAGAGAAAAAUGUUAAAAUUUGUUUAUUAAUAUUAGUUAAUAAAAAUAAAGAACUUUUUAAACAAUUAAGUAGCGCGUUAUGAGUAUAUUUUAAUAACAAAACCAAAUAAAAGAGAAAAACAAAAUACAAAUCAAAUAAUAUGAAAUGAUAAUGAUAAUGAUGAAAAUGAAAAUAUGAUAAAAAUUGAUCGUAUAAGAAGACGAAGAAUAACAACAACAACUACAUUGUAAAUUUGCAUAAUUUUAAACAAAUUGCGUACUGCCAAAACUUGUAAAGUUCAGUACUAUUUGCUUACUUUUACUAUGAAAUAUGAUUAUUAUAAUUAUGUUAUGUAUGAUUACGAAAUUAUGACGACUUUGCCUCAUUUUUGCAAAAACAAAAAACAAAAACUAAAAUUAAAAACAAAAACAAACAGAAACAAACAAGCAAAUCAAAAAGUAAAAUACAAACAAAACCACUGUUAAAUAAUUCAUUAAUUGAUUUCUGUUAGUUGUUAAACCUUUUUGGUUGUAUAUGUAUGUGUGUGUAUAAAGAAAACCAAGUUAAAAUACUAAAGCGGUCUUCAAUUUUCAACAAAAAAAAAAACCAAAAACCAAAACAAACAAAACGUAUACUUAAUCUGAUUCUGAUUCUGAUUCUGAAUAUCCUUAGUUGACUUUUCAAAACUUCUCAUAUUAGAUUUCUGUUUUUCACUUUUUUGCCGCCACCAAAGCUUUAAAUAUUUAUAUAUAUAUAGUAAACUGUGUUCUCAGUAAAAACAAAAUAAAUAAAAAAUAAAUAAAUUAAUAAUGAGGAUAAAUUAUUAUGUUGACAUGUGCAUAAAACAACAUGAGACAUUUGUAUAGUAAACUAAUAAACUAAUAAAUAAAAUCAUAAAUAAUAUAAAUAACCGUUCUUGUUAUAUACGAAAACAAAACAAAUGGAAAACUAAUGCAGAAAAUGCAAAAAACUGAAUCAUCGUGUGUGUAUGUUCGAUAUCGAUACAUAUAAAAAACCAUAUAUACAUAUAUACAUGGAUAUAUAUACAUUAUAUAUAUAUAUGGAGAUAUUUAGAAACAAUUAAAUAGCCUAGCAAAAGAUACUUUGAAACCGUCGUAAUCGUAACACUCUCGAUUGAUCAAUAACAAGUGAUCGAUAUCGAAAUCGAAAUGAGCAAAAUCUAGGGUUUUUUGUGCAUAAGUUUUUUAUUGUACAGUUUGUGGCUUAUUUGUGUAACGACUAUUUGUGACUAUAUAUAAUAUAUAGAUCUACAUAAUUAUUAUGUGUAUUGUAUACAGCAGACAAAUUGUUUAUUUACGCCCCCAAAAAAACUUUCUCUAACUCCUCCCACUCCCACUCACACACACACACAUACACACUCGCAGACACUACGACAGACGUACGUACAUACACAUGUGUACUAUAUGACACACAUUCACACACACACACACACACACACACACACACAUGUAACCUCUUGAACUGAAUAAGUGAGCCCACGUUGCGUAUACACACACACACAAACACACACCAACAGGAAGAAGAACAGCUACGAUACCUAUUUACUGCUAUAAUGUAUGACGUAAUGUUACCCACAAACAAAAACAACAACAAGAACGACUAUUGAACAUACUACAAAAUAACAACAACUUUAAACACUCGUCAACUAUUGCUAUAUACUACAAAGAAAAAGAAAAACCAAAAAAAGAAAGAAAUACUAUACAUUAUAUAUACACUUAUAUACAACAAGUACAUACGCAGUAUUGUAUGUUUUUUUUAUGUACAGUAAAAACGACAACAACAACAACAAAAACAAAACAAGAACAAAGCCUGACAAAACAAAUCGUGUAUCCUAUAAAUCCUCAGUAUAUAUUUAUUUAUGCCUUUCUUUUCGAUUGUUUAUAUUAUGAUAUGUAUGUAUUAUGAUUAUUAUCGAUAACAAAACCAAAUACCAAAAACCAACAAAAACAACAACAACAACUGGCACACAAUUUUACUCUCCCGCGUUAAGCGCUUCAUGAAAAAACAAAAUUAUAAGUAAGCGAAUCUAAUAUAAUAUUAUAUUUAGAUAUAUAGAUAUAUCUAUAUAUAUAAACUUAUGUGUAUAUAUGCGAUAUACAUAAAUAUUAUUAAUGAUAACAGGUAAUUUUAAUUAGCUUUAAGCCACGUUACAACCAAUUUGGAACCAUUCAAACAACAAACAAAAACCGCAACUCCAACUACAGAUGUAUAUUUCAUCAUGUAGUCUCAAAAAUCACCUCAAAUGUUUCACCUUUUACGAUCAUUUCAGUUUCAACACUCAAAAAAAGCUAACAAACAAACAUAAAUCCAAAAAUAAACACACAAAAUUAGUUACACGAUAAUAACGAAUGAAUGAUCGAUAAUGAUCAAAGAUCGAAUAUCGAUUGCAAGUCACACGUUUUACCUCAACUAAUUGGUAUUCGUGUUAAUCCCCCCGUUCCCUAAGCAACUCCAGUGCCUAAAGAUGUGCACUUUUGUCAUAGUUAUCGAUAUCGAUAUGUUGUGUAUCGAUCAAAUUUGUCGUCGUUACGUUGUUUCCGUUGUCCUCUUAAUGUCCUCGUAACUCUUUGUAGUGUAAAGUUAGCCUAACAAAAUGAAAUUGCCUUAGGGUUUCAGUAGAAUAACAAGAAGAAGAACAACAAUUUGCUAAUUGUAAUGCAAGAAAACAAACUCUCCAAAUCGAAUGUAUUCUCCUGAUUGAUUUUGUAGAAGCAAACGUCGUAGAAACGUGUGACUUGCUCUCUGACAUACUAGGCGUAUAAUCAAUUUGUAUGAAAUACUCUAUAAUCCAGUUAUAACUACGGGUAAAUCAUUUAUAAUAAAAAAAAACAAAACAAAAAACAGCAAACCAAUUAUAUAGAUUAUACAAUGAGAUCCCGUAAGACAGCCAAAAAUAGAUAAAAAAAAAAUGUUUUUUAUUUUAAAUUGAACAAUGAAAUUGAUAGAAGAGAAAUGAAAAGCAAAUCAAUCAAGUGCCCACAUAUUAAGAAAAAAAAAAACCAAAAAACAAUUAAUCAUUCGAUAGCUAGCCGAAAGAAAAUACCAACACCAAUAUCGGACGAAAAGUUUUUAUCUAUUUUUGGUUAUCGAUAUACGAUAUUCUGGCAGCAUGUGAAAUCCAGGCGUCUUCAAACUGUAUUUAAUUGCUACAUAACAUCAAAUGAACUAUGAACUAUUUAAACUAUGAUUUUUUAGCAAUUUAUAUAGACAUAGUAAUACUACUAUAUAUGGAAAGAUGGAAGAAGGGAUGUAGAGCAAAUGUUUAAACAAAUCACAAGUCAACAGGGCACAGCGCUUCUUUAACUAUUAAAAAAAUAUUCAUUUCGAUGAGCAACUUUUUUAAAACCAACGCUAAACUUAACUAAACUAACUAUAAACUAAACCAAAAACCACAAAAAAAAAAAACUAAAAUACUAUAAAUAUGGAAAAUGCAAACUUUUUAAACUAAUAUUGAAUUGAACCCAACAAAGUGUUCAUUAAACUAAAAGCAACAACAAAAUGAUUACAUAUAUAUACAUAUGCAUAUACAAUAUUAACGUAUAUGUGUGUAUUCAACACGACAUUUUGUAUGGCUAAUGGCAUUAAAAAAUAAAUAAAAUAAAACAACAACUUAGCUAUGUAAUUUAAUGUAAAGAGUUUAAUAAAUUGAACACAACCAAACAACUACACUAACAACACAUAAUAAAUUACAAAACAUAAAUAUACAUCAUAUACAUGCAUACAUAAAAUAACAUAAAUUAAUAACGAAACAAAACAAAAGAGAAAAAACAGUAUAAUAUCCAUUCAUCAAAUUUCUAAACAUAACGAUUUAACGAAUUUCAUGGAAAACUGCGCUCCUUACGCCUCUCCACUAAUCUACCGAUAUUUCUAUCGAUAUACAUAUAUUUAUACUACAUACAUAUAUACAUAAACAUAUACAAAUACAUCUAUAUAUAAAGAUAUAUAUAUAUAGGAAACAUACAUACUACACUUGUUUUUAGCACUUGAAUAUGCAUUAGAGCUGUCAAACUAUCGAGUGUACUAUCGAUAAAAGUAAAGACUAAAUUUACGAAUUGUGCAAAAUUAAAAUUAACAAUCUAGUAUUAAAUCCACAAAUUCAUAAUUCUUUUUAAAAAUUCUAAAAUAUUUACAAUUUCUGUUUCUUUUCCUCUACCAAAGUAUCGUUUUAAUUAAAUACUAAUUUUUAGACACAUCGAUGGUUUGAAAGCUUUAAUUUGUUUUUUUUUAUUUAACAACAACAAAAUGCAUUACUAACCCACAUACACACAUGCCAUGCAUUCACAUAUGUAUGUACAGAGUGUUGAAAUGAGGACAACAAAGAAGGGAUAGGAAAAAAGGAAAUCCGAACAGAAGAACGCAAAGCAAAAUGUCGUCACUAGAGUAACUAAAUAAAUUGUUGAAUCCAACACACACACACACACACGCAACAAAUACAUGCAUACUUAAUGCCAUAUUUCCGGAAACAAGCAGAACUUGAAGAAGAAGAAGAAGACGAAAAGAACCCAGUUUAUAACUAAGUACUAUAUGAAAUCAAAUCGCAAUCCACACGAGCGUUAGUGCAGUAAUAAAAACAAUUGUAUUAUAUCUAAGAUUUCCCCUUCCCCUCUCUCCGAAACCAAGAACAACAAACUCCGCAAACAAAACAUAAAACUAAAAGAUCUAAAAUAAUAAGAACACAAGGUUAAUUAAAUCUAAAAACAAAACAUUAUAUAUAUAUUAUUAUAUAUAUGAAAAUAUAUAUAAAUGCGGCUAUUUAUUAAGGUGAUUGCGACUUUCAGCUAAAACUAAAUUAGUAAUUGUAACAUUAAUAAAAAUUAAAAAUAAAACAAAACAAAAACCAAAAAAAAAAAAAAAACAAGAAAAAAACAAAACCAAAAAUAUUUUAAAAGCAAGCGCUUAAAUUGUACAUUUUUACAAGGCAACUGUACAUUUAGCGCCCACGGCAUAAAAAAUAAAAUUUAAAAUCUAAAAACAAAAAAGAAACUACAAAAACAAUUGAGUUAAAAAGGCACAGCAAAAUAUAUAUAAAAAUAAUAAUAAAUAAAUGAGAAAAAUGAAGUGGAAGAAGAAGCAACAUGUGGAUCGCCAGAGAGACCGAUAUGUUGCUUAGCCAGAAUGGAAAUGAGUUUAUUAAAUAUACAUUUAAAAAUUCAUAAAUAAAAAGAAGAAAAAACAAAAACUAAAAAGAAA